AUGUUAGCGACGCUCACUUUCCCCUUCAAAAAUUCACUGAAAAAAUACAUGCAAAUUUCAGAACCAAGUAAGAGAACUGUGAUUGCGGUGAUCGAGGGUGACAAUGAAGAGGCUAGAUGCGUGGCAGGUGGUAUCCCCUUAAGAAAGCUUGAUCAUCUCACAGAUAGAACACUAGUUCCAGGAAACCCUGACCACUAUUAUGGUGCGUGCCCUGAGCAACUCAACCGCCGAAUACGCAAUGAACGCGAUAACCAAAUUAUUCCGACUACAGAGGACAAAAUUCCCAUUGCACCGAAUUCCUUUCUAGCAGUUAAAGGCCCUGACGGGUUAGCAUCAGUAGUGAAAAGACAAGCAUGCUAUGAUAACGCAUUUGGAGUAAGGGGAAUGCACUCGCUUCAGGAAUAUGGUAAAGAUGAACCUGAAUUUGACAACCAUGCUUAUACAAUCUCAUCGAUAUACCAUGAUGGCACCUCAAAUAUAUUUACCAUUCAUCCUUCAAAGCCUUCAGAUCGGCUGGAGUACCACAUGACCCGGUUACGAUCCUUUGUCAUAACAGACACAUUCCGACAAGGUGUUAUUUGGUAUCGGAAUGCGAGGGACUGGGUAAAGGAGUAA